CCCCCACUCAAUUCACAUUUAAUUGUAUGUUUAGUUAAUAACAUUUGACCUAUUGAGAAAUAAACUAAUAAAAAAAAUCGUCUAUAAAUUACCCCAUUCUACGCCCCUCUAUUGCCGCCACAGGACGGACUCUGAUAAAAACAAAGGAAAAUGAAAAAACAAAAAACAAAAAAGCGCACGUAGAAUUUAUAAAUUCAACAACCAGAACAAGAAUUUUAAAGCCAGCUUUUUUCUUCAUUCUCUUCAUUUCUCUUUUUCGAGCUCCGAAAAACAAAAAACAAGAAAAGAAGGGCACACCCAUCAAAUGGGAAGCUCUAAUAAGCCCCAAGACUGGUUUUUUCCCGCGGCCCUUCUCCUAGCGACGGUCGUACUCUCCGCACGCGCCGCCUCCGAGCAGCCGGUGCGUGGCAUUCCCACCAACGGCAGCAAGCUUCUCUCCGCCGGGACUUGCAAUUUGUACCAGGGCAAAUGGCUCUAUGACCCUUCAAACACCCUCUACAACUCGGGCUGCCCGUUUAUCGACCCCGAGUUCAACUGCAUCAAGUCGGGUCGACCCGACAAAAUCUUUCAGAACUAUGCCUGGAAACCAGAUUCUUGCAACUUGCCCAGGUUUAAUGGGUCGGAUUUUCUGGAGAGAUGGAAGGGGAAGAAGAUAAUGUUUGUGGGUGACUCACUGAGUCUGAAUCAGUGGGAGAGUCUGGUUUGUAUGAUUCAUGCUGCUGUACCUAAUUCUAAAUACAGCUAUGUCAGACAGGAGUCACUUUCUUCAGUCACAUUCCAGAAUUAUGGAGUUACCGUUUUUUACUACCGUUCGCCUUACUUGGUAGACAUAACGAGAGAGUCCGUGGGCCCGGUUUUGAAUUUGGGCUCGAUUAAACAAGGUGAUAAUUGGAAAGGAAAGGACGUGCUCGUUUUCAACACUUGGCAUUGGUGGACUCACACGGGAAAGGCCCAAUCAUGGAAUUAUAUACGGGAUGGAGCCAACCUAUAUAGCAACAUGAACCGUUACAUGGCUUUUUACAAGGGCUUGACCACUUGGGCUCGAUGGGUCGAUAUUAACAUUGAUCCAAACAAAACCAAAGUCUUCUUCCAGGGGAUUUCUCCUACUCAUUACCAGGCAAAAGAGUGGUCAGGAUCUAAAGACUGCUCGAAUGAACAAAUCCCAUUAUCCGGGUCGACUUAUCCAGCUGGGUCGCCUGAAGAAGUUCGGGUCGUUUAUAAAGUACUGAGUAGAAUUAAAAAACCCGUGACAUUGCUCGAUAUAACAACUUUAUCUCAGCUGAGAAAAGAUGCUCACCCUUCGCGCUAUGGUGGAAAAGGAAAGGGAGUUGACUGUAGUCAUUGGUGCCUGCCUGGAUUGCCUGACACGUGGAAUCAGUUGCUAUAUGCAUAUCUCUAAUGGAUUAGAUGAUCUUUGAUGGAUUGGAAAAUGUUGUCUAUAGUUUUCUUUGUUCUAAUAUCUUUUACUCUGUAGAGUGAUUGUAGAAUUUGUUUGGGGGAGUGGUGCUUGGGAUUGGUUUGGAGUGCAGAAAAUAAUGUGAGGAUAUUUGAUUGUUGUC